UAGGAAGUGGUGAUUGCUAGCUCAUUAUCUGUAACCAGCGGUAUGCUCAAUCUAAUGAGAAAUUGUCCGAAGGAAGCCGCUCAUCUCAGAAAAGAGCUACUAAUUGCAGCCCGUCAUAUAUUUGCCACAGACUUACGUCAAAAAUUCAUUCCAUCAAUUGAUAAACUAUUUGAUGAGGACUUGCUUAUUGGAAAAGGGAUCACAUUGGACUCGAUUCGCCCUCUCGCAUACUCAACACUAGCAGAUCUUGCUCACCAUGUUCGCCAAAGCCUAAGUUUAGACGUAUUAAUUAAAGCAGUAAAUCUUUUUUUCAAAAAACGUUCAUGAUGAAACACUUGCUGUGGGUAUACAAACCAUGUCUUGCAAGCUUUUGUUAAACCUGGUUGAUUGCUUACGACACCACAGUGAAAUAGAGCCUCAAAGAUCUAGAGCUAUUCUUUCAAAACUUUUAAAGGUUUUUGUCAAAAAAUUUGAAACUAUAGCCAAAAUUCAGCUUCCAUUAAUUAUUCAAAAAUGCAAAGGACAAUCUUUUUGUGGACCUUCGACAAAUUCUUCAAGCCCCGCUUCAUUGUCGCUUAUAAAUGUGCCAGAUCUAAAGGAGGACCAAAUAUCUAAUGAACCAGCAAAAUCGUCCGGAACUGGAAUACAGUGGGUUAAUUCCGUAAAUGUAGCUGAAUUUCGAAGCUUAGUUAAAACUCUUGUUGGUGGAGUUAAAACAAUUACAUGGGGUUUUUUCAACUCUAAGUUUCAGAUUUCUGAUACGGGCCUUCCUAAUCACGAAAAGCUGUUUAGUCCUGACAUUUUACACUCAUAUAUUGACUUGGUCCAUUAUGCGAUGGAGGCUUUAGAUAUUUAUACUAUAAACGUUAAUCCAAAUCAACAGAGAACCUCUGGAUUGAUAUCGAGAAGUAAAGAAGAAAAAGAAGUAUUAGAACACUUUAGUGGCAUAUUUUUAAUGAUGCACUCUCAAAACUUUCAAGAAAUAUUUUCGACAACAAUCCAUUUUUUAGUGGAAAGGAUCCAUAAAAAUCAAUCCUUGCAAGUGAUAGCAAACUCAUUUUUAGCUAAUCCGACUACAUCACCGCUUUUUGCCACAGUGUUAGUGGAAUAUCUUUUGGACAAAAUGGAAGAAAUGGGAACAAACCUGGAGCGUUCCAAUUUGUAUCUACGGUUGUUCAAAUUAGUUUUGGAAGCGUCAGCCUCUUUCCAGUUGAAAAUGAACAAAUGUUGCGCCCCCAUCUUCAUAAAAUAGUCAUUCGAUCAAUGGAAUUGGCCCUAAUUUCUGACGAGCCGUACAACUAUUUUUUACUCCUUCGCGCCUUAUUUAGGUCAAUUGGCGGCGGUAGCCAUGACCUACUAUACCAAGAGUUUCUCCCACUUUUACCAAACUUAUUGGAAGGAUUAAAUCGACUACAGAGUGGAUUUCAUAAGCAACACAUGCGAGAUCUUUUUGUGGAACUUUGUCUUACUGUCCCGGUUCGCUUAUCAUCUUUACUGCCCUACCUACCCAUGUUAAUGGAUCCUUUAGUUUCUGCAUUAAACGGCUCCCCUACUUUAAUAAGUCAGGGCUUGCGAACAUUGGAACUAUGCGUUGAUAACUUGCAGCCUGACUUUUUAUAUGAUCACAUACAACCAGUGAGAGCAGCAUUGAUGCAAGCUUUGUGGAAAACCUUAAGAAAUCAGGACAAUGCCGCAUUAGUUGCGUUUCGCGUUCUUGGAAAAUUUGGAGGUGGAAAUCGAAAAAUGAUGGUGGAGCCGCAAAUUUUAUCUUAUCAGAAAACUGAAAAGCCAACCAUAUCAAUUGUAACAUAUUUUCAAGAGUAUGAGACCCCGAUAGAUUUUCCUGUCGAUGAGGCGAUUGAAUCAGCUCUCAGAGCCUUGGGAUCAAACUCUACUGAACAGUUUUAUAGACGACAAAGCUGGGAAAUAAUCCGAUGCUUUCUAGCUGCGUUCAUAAGUUUGGAUGAUGAAAAACAUAUAUUGCUAAAACUUUUUACUCAUGUGGAUUUUGUUGAAAGUAAUAUUAUAAAUUCGUCUACGCUUCAACAUAAAAUCGAGAAUGAAACUGUACGAGGAACGCAUCAAACAGCCCUAAUAGGAAUGUUAGUUGCUUCAGCAACAAAGGAUUUGCGUGAUUCUGUGUGUCCAGUAAUGGCCGCCGUUGUAAGACAUUAUACUAUGGUAGCUAUAGCACAACAGGCGGGACCUUUUCCACAGAAAGCGUAUCAAACUGCGAAUGGAGUUGAUCCUUUGGUAUUAAUUGAUGCUUUAGCCUCUUGCAUGGGUCAUGAAGAAAAGGAAUUAUGUAAACCAGGAAUAGCAUGCAUGGGUAUUAUUCUUGACACUGCAACAAAUAUUAUGGGUAAUAAAGAAAGAGCGUGCAGAUUACCUAUUAUCCAGUAUUUAGCUGAAAAAUGAUAUCCCUAUGCUAUGACCGCCCCUGGUAUUCAAAAGUGGGGGGUUGUCAAGCAAUUCAGUUUUUAUGUAAACAUAUGUCUCUGCGUGCUCUUUUUCAAAAUCUCUUUAAUUUUUUAAAAGCAUUUAUGUUUGUACUAAUGGACCUAGAAGGAGAUGUUUCUAAUGGCGCUAUCGAUAUUACAAAAAACUAUAUGAAAACUAUGUUGGAAAUUUGCUUAAGCCCUAUAAGUGAAUGUUAUAAAAAUGCAGAUUUAAAUGAUUUGCAAUCCAAAGCAUCUUAUGAAGUUAUUCACGAGUUAGUGCGACACAUAACAAGUCCCAACGCAAUCGUCAGAGAAGAAUCUAUGGCAUUAUUAAAACACAUUGGAACCCUGCAAUCAAAAACCGUUUCCGAAGUUAUGGAUCCACAUAAGGAUGUCCUCGCUGACAUAAUACCUCCGAAAAAGCAUUUGUUAAGGCACCAGCCCGCAAAUGCACAAAUAGGAUUAAUGGAUGGCAACACAUUUUGUACAACUUUAGAACCACGUUUAUUUAC